AUGGAUGACUCAUCAAUGGCCAAAGCAUUCUAUCGCCCCUCGAAAGUCAGCCUGGGUUGUAUUGGUUUUGCUAAACCUGAGGCUAAGAAUUGGCAUCUUAUCCAGCUAGGUUGGCGAUGUCAUAAAAAGGACUCUGCCAUCAAUUACGUUCCCAAAUUGAGAUCUUACCGCCAGUGCAACUCUUAUAUUACUCAUCAUAGGCUCAAAAGGAACAUCAAAAUUAAGCUUGAUACUGGUACCAGGGCCAAGGAGGCAAUUGGAAGGUUUGGCAUCACAACAAAGAAAGAUGCAAGGCUAGCAACCAAUGUUCCCUACCAAACUCCUUGUUGUAAAGUUACAAAUAGUUUACUACUACACCUCUGGUAUGGUUCUGUUUUUUGGUCAUCAAGGAUAUCAAUCCCACUGAAACAUGUUGGGAAUUAG